CAAACGCACGAGGAGGUUCGGAAGAAAAAUUUUCCAAACAAUUGCAUCAUAACUUGCUCCAGCGUUGAACCGUGCGUGCGGAUCCCACGAAAUCCCUAGUGCGUGUACGUGCGUGUGUGUGUUACCGAAAACCGACCCCACAGAAAGAAACGAAAAUGCUGAAGGCAGCCAGAUAUUUGUCCCGCACGUUGGUGGAAAACCACAGUUUGCUACAAAAUGGACGAGCAUUGCCCAACAAUGUGCUGGCCCGGUUCAAAUCGGAACAGGUCAAGGGUGCAGUUAUCGGUAUCGAUCUCGGCACCACCAACUCGUGCGUCGCCGUGAUGGAGGGCAAAAAUGCCAAAGUCAUCGAGAAUGCGGAGGGCGCCCGUACCACCCCGUCCCAUGUGGCGUUCACCAAGGACGGCGAACGGUUGGUGGGCAUGCCGGCCAAACGCCAGGCCGUCACCAACUCAGCCAACACAUUCUACGCCACCAAGCGACUGAUCGGCCGCCGGUUCGAUGACGCCGAAAUCAAGAAAGAUCUCGCCAACCUGUCCUACAAGGUGGUGAAGGCGUCGAACGGUGACGCGUGGGUGCAGGGCAGCGACGGCAAGGUGUACUCGCCCAGCCAGAUCGGUGCGUUCGUGCUGAUGAAGAUGCGCGAAACGGCAGAAGCGUACCUGAACACACCGGUCAAGAAUGCGGUCAUUACGGUGCCGGCGUACUUCAACGAUUCCCAGCGCCAGGCGACGAAGGAUGCGGGACAGAUUGCGGGCCUGAACGUGCUGCGCGUGAUUAACGAGCCGACGGCGGCCGCGCUCGCGUACGGUAUGGACAAGAGCGAGGACAAAAUCAUUGCGGUGUACGAUCUGGGCGGUGGUACGUUCGACAUUUCCGUGCUCGAGAUCCAGAAGGGUGUGUUCGAGGUGAAGUCCACCAACGGCGACACGCUGCUGGGCGGUGAGGACUUUGACAACCACAUCCUGAACUAUCUGGCGGCCGAGUUCAAGAAGGACCAGGGCAUCGACAUCAAGAAGGACGCGAUGGCGAUGCAGCGGCUGAAGGAGGCGGCCGAGAAGGCCAAGUGUGAGCUGUCCUCGUCGGUGCAGACGGAUAUCAACCUGCCCUACCUGACGAUGGAUGCGUCCGGGCCGAAGCAUUUGAACCUGAAGCUGACGCGUGCGAAGCUGGAAACGCUCGUGGGCGAUUUGAUCAAGCGCACGAUCGCACCGUGCCAGAAGGCAAUGUCCGAUGCGGAGGUGAGCAAGUCGGACAUUGGCGAGGUGCUGCUGGUCGGUGGUAUGACGCGCAUGCCCAAGGUCCAGUCGCUCGUGCAGGAAGUGUUCGGCCGGCAGCCAUCGCGCGCGGUCAACCCGGAUGAGGCGGUCGCUGUGGGUGCGGCCGUGCAGGGCGGUGUGCUGGCGGGUGAUGUGACGGAUGUGCUGCUGCUCGACGUGACGCCCCUGUCGCUCGGUAUCGAAACGCUGGGCGGUGUGUUCACUCGCCUGAUCAACCGCAACACGACCAUUCCGACGAAGAAAUCGCAAGUCUUCUCCACGGCGGCGGACGGCCAGACGCAGGUAGAGAUUAAGGUGCACCAGGGUGAGCGUGAGAUGGCGUCGGACAACAAGAUGCUCGGUUCGUUUACUCUAGUCGGCAUUCCGCCGGCACCGCGCGGUGUGCCACAGAUUGAGGUUGUGUUCGAUAUCGAUGCGAACGGUAUUGUGCACGUGUCGGCAAGGGACAAGGGAACGGGCAAGGAGCAACAGAUCGUCAUCCAAUCGUCGGGCGGUCUGAGCAAGGACGAAAUCGAAAACAUGAUCAAGAACGCGGAACAGUAUGCACAGGCCGACAAACAGAAGAAGGACCGCAUCGAGGCGGUCAACCAGGCGGAGGGUAUCGUGCACGAUACGGAAACGAAGAUGGAAGAGUUCAAGGAUCAGCUACCAAAGGAAGAGUGCGACAAACUGCGUGAAGAAAUUGCCAAGGUGCGAGAAAUUUUGGCCAACAAGGAGGAGGCCGACCCGGAGGAGGUGCGCAAAACGACCAGCGCCCUGCAGCAGUCGUCCCUGAAGCUCUUCGAAAUGGCGUACAAAAAGAUGGCAUCCGAGCGCGAGGGUAGCAGCGGUAGCAGUAGCGGAAGCAGCAGUAGCACCGGCUCGGAGGAAGCGGAAAAGAAGGAGAACAAAAACUAAAAGAGCCACCCCCAAAAGACUCAAACCACCACCAAGCAAACCCCCCAUCACUCCAGCUACACAAAAAGGAAAAUAAUAAGGCAUACAAACCACCACAUAAACACAAAAAGGAAAGGAUUAUAGGUAUAUGUAACUGUAGCGUUUAAACCUCCGUCGAAAAUCGAUUUGUGUAAUAAGUGCUGCGUAAGAAUUCUAUUUUGAAUUGCACUGCUGCAAAGCACAAUAUCCCUCGCUCAGAAUAAACACACAACUCUGUGUCUGUGGAAAGGAAAUGAUUGAUUGUCAAAAUCAAUCACCACCGUAAAAUACACAGCAGCUACUACACGGAUGUGAUAAUUAUUUGCGCGCCUAGCAGUUGAUUUUGCGGAGAAAUUUCCUUAAUAAUCUCUUUCGCUUUUCGCAAUCCUCCCAUGUUGACGAGAGAACGGGAGAGAAAGAUUGAGAGAUUGAGAGAGAAGAAUUCUUUCAAAUGGCCAGAGACCCUGAGACAAAAAAGGGCAUGUAAAAUUGCGUAGUGUUAUCGGUAGUGUUAAUUGUAACUUUCUGCCUGCUGCUCCACUUGUGAACAUCGGGGAGAGAGAGAGAGAGGGAGUAGCUUCCCCCAGGAGCGCAGGAUUAAAAUCACAAAGAAAUUAUGAUGCAAAAAGUUAAAUAGUAAAGAGCAUUUUAUUAGGGGAAAAAGGGGUGACGAGAGAGACAAAGAGAGGUCCCACUUUAGGUUCAAGCUGAAGCGGAGGACGUCGUCGUCAUUGGCCCUUUUUCCUCUACUAUUAUAUUACACGGAAAAGCAACAUAUGUUUGUUCUUUCGAUUUAGCGCUUAAUCGUCAACAACUACAAUAAAGAUAAAACUUGCAGUUUUUUAGUUGUGUAGAAUAACAGUGAGUAGGAAA